GUUAAAUUUCCCCAUAAUGUAAAGACUAUUUCAAACAAUUGCCUACAAAAUGAUGAAAACAACAAUAAUAUUAUUUGUGUUUGAAUUGGCAAUAUUGGACAGUGGACAGUUGUGCGAAUAAGACCCAAAUGUGUGGUGGGUUUGCAGGCAUUGAAUGUUGCGAUGGCCAGGGAUUGGCGUGUAUUCUCAAUGACAACAACGGUAUGAUAGAGGAUGCCUCGGGAAUAUGCAUUAAGUUUAGGAGAAGCCGUGCUCUCAAAUGCAGUCAACUGAAGGGUCCGUGCGGGGGUUUCGCGAACGCCCAGUGCUGUACUGGACUCCGGUGUCUAUACGACAACUCUGGUAGUAGUCUCGGCAGUUGUGUCCCUUAGGGAACAUAAUUGUAUUAAAUGUCCGCUAAAAUUAUUUUUAAACAUCUGUAUUAUUUUUUAAUGAAUGUUUUAAACUUUAAAAAUAUAUCCAAAAUUUAUAAUAUAAAAUACA